UCUGUAGCGUUAUUUUACUGUCCUUCCACUUUGGUCACACUAAAAAACUUUGUAGGCAAGCAAUUAUUUAGCAUAGCAAAUCCGAAAAACAAAACCAGAAUAGCAAAACCAUGAAAUUCCGUUUCUGUGGUGAAGGCGAUUGCCCCGAUUGGGUUUUAGCUGAGAUCAUAUCCACACUCUCCAACUUGAGCACUGAAAACUUGGAACAACUUAGCGACCUGGUGGCUCUGCGAAUUUGUGGUCAGACAUUUGAGGAAUCGAAAAUUAAAUCGCUGACAUCCACACUUACUAAUGAGGGCAAAACAGCAGUGGCCUGCAUCAAUUUUAUGCUGGUCAACGCUGCUCGCUACAGCUGCACCGAAAGUAUUUUUGGGGAGGAGAUCCAACAGUUGGGACUGCCCAAGGAUCAUGCCGCCGCCAUGUGCAGAGUUCUCCAAAAGCAUUCGACUGCCAUACGGCAAACACUAAUAGAAAAAUCUUUCAGAAUUAAUGAACUGCAAAGCGUUCGGGAUAUAACUACGCCUGGACGAACGCCUCCGAAUUAUACCACCUUGGAACUAAAAAUCUCGCAAGAAUUGGUUGAUGGUCUGCCAAAGGACACCACACAUGUUCUCAACUUAGAUCGGGCUCAAGUAAAAGCUCUGAUCGCGGAGCUGGAACUGGCCCGAGAUGCAAUGGAAAAAUACAAUAAUUAACACGUUUCCUAAAGAUAUAAUUAAAUAAAUAAAUAAUAAUUUA